AUGUAUUCAUCCAUAGCCGCACUGGCAACCCGCCAGGCGUCUGGCAGUCCCGGGGCGCUGUCCAAAGUACGGCUACAAUUGAAUACGAUGGCACGCCGACAGCUUGUUUCAGCGGCGACACUGGCGGCGGGUCAGGACGCCUCCACGGGGAGACAGAAGCGCAUAUAUCAUGGCCUACUGAAAACCGGAGGUCGCCGUGAAGGCUCCAACGAACACAGCAGUCCGCAUGUGAGGGUGAGCGAUUCAGACUGCUCGCCAACAUGUCCAACAAACUACAAACACAUCUACCGGGCGGGAGACUCGGAACAGAUUUCUUGUGGUCCACACGACAGCCCCUCGGACGGCGCUGUCAAUCCUGCCACUCUCUUCGGCUCCUGGGGACGGUCUGGAGACCAUUGUCUUGACAAUGGUGCAUCGGACGUUCAAGCCAGUGAAGCAAACAAUGACCCUUCAAGACGCCAAUCUGAGAAUGCUCCACUUGUGUCCGACUCUGUUUGUCCCGCUGGCACUUCACAUCGGUCUCAUUUGCCAUCACAGAGAAAAACGACGUCUCGAAAUUUCCAGCCAUCAUUAAGAGACUCAUCGUCGCCUCAAGAGACAAGGGCACAUGAAACAGAGAAAGAUGUGCCUCGUCUCAAGUCAAAGGCGAGACAAUCUUCUGCAAGUCAUAUUCGGUUGAAAACGAAGCCAGCGGAUCAUCGAGAAACGCCGUUCUCCCAGAGCUGCACCGCAAAUCAAGAAAUGCGGCGAGCUCAUACGAGUAAAGGUGACAGGGAGACUAGAAACAAGAGUUCGCGCAGGCCGGAGAGAGACGCUGAAAGAAUCUUGCUGUCAGGCACAGAGGGCCGCAUCGCCAGCAACUGUUCAGAAUCACAGUCGCCCACUGCUCCAGAACCCCCCUUUAUUGCUCAGAAAGUGGUGCAACGUCUGAACACGGAGGAUACAUCACGUGAGCCUAAAUCUGGACUGGCAAAAGCUGCGGAGCCAGCUGUCAAAACGAAUCGUGUAGAAGUGAAGGUCUUUCACUUGAACUGCUCGAGUGACUCCGCCAUGCACAAACAGUUUGAGAAGCCUCCCGUUGCCGACGGUCUGUCGGAAUCGAGAAGGAAAGAGUCGACGCGUCAUAAAACGACUUCCAUCGCCCACGUAAGGCACCGGCGGCGUUUGACCGGGUUGCGACUCAAGACUUCGCUUUCCGCAGAUCAUCUUGAAGUGAUUAGAGAUGGCACUGACGUGGUUGACGUCGGGAACCGAAGAGGACCGAAACACCGUCAGUGUACUCUUACAAGCCAGGUGCCGAACAGAAAAGAGGAGCAGAACAAUUUCUCGUCCUGCAGCACACUGGCUUCUGAGAGAGGAGCGGAGGAAGCCCCCAAGUACAAACACGGUAUUCCUGGCGCCGCCCUAGUGAGAGGCGGAGGGACGCAUUCACGCCCAUCUCCCGCUUACGUUAAUAAACACAGUAUCCCCGAUACAGAAUCAAGGCGCCGAUGGUGGCCCACACUGGUGGGUAGUGAGAACCUAGUUGAGGAAGAGAGCAGGCAGCGCGUCAAGGCGGUUGAACCCGAGGAUGCUCAGUCUGCGGUUGGGGGGGGUGAUACUGGACAGCGUUUUCAGCAAUUUAGCGUGAGUCGGUCGUGUGGCAAUAAGGAUAAAUCGACAGAAGAGUCCGACGAGUUCUCAAACACGGUCCUCUUUGAAGAGAUUGAGCAGCUACAGCAAUUGCUUGGCCAGCACACGGGCGGUGUCACACCAUCCGUGAAAAGUCCUGAACGCCAGAUCCACUGUCAAAACACUGGCGUGCAUCAGCUUCCCCAAUCUGGCAACCAAACGCAUCGGGUGAAGCCCUUGACGAAGAAGAGGGGUGGAACGGCAGGGCCUGUAUCAGGAGGCAGAGGCUCUGCAUGCAACCGUAGUCCGCAAAGCGGCUUGGAAGCGAUCGAGUUACGACAGGAGGCAGAGCCCGCAGGAGGGAGACACGAUACUACUAGAAGUAGCUCAGUAAGGAUGGUGUCAAAUGCUGCCUCGUCGAGUCACGCCGCCCAAGAAGCGAUACCUAACAUCGACAACCAUGUCCCAGACACGACCGUGAGCAGGUCUGUGUCGUCCUAUGUGUGUCAUGAUAAAGCCGCGCUCGACGGAGCACCAGCUCCUGGACAAGUAAAGAGUUCCUGGCACAGUACGGAGUUCCCGGGUUUCCAGGGAGCGAACGCAGAUCGGCUUUGUGGCGAAAGGCCAAAAAGUGCCUUAAUACAGUUUGUUAGGAACGUGUGGUGUCGUCAGAAUAGCGAGUGCAACAGCCCGCCAGGAAGCUCCGUCGCCGGCAGGCUGUCUACUGUGGUACUGAAACACGACGCACACCUGACUGAAACCGCCAGUGAAUUACGCGGGAUCACAGUCAGUCAAGACGAUAAAUGUACUGCAGAGAAUCCAUCAAAGACGAUACAGCGACCAGACACUGAUGUACGCAGCGUACCCGCGACAGAUGUCCCAAGCUGCAAACACGUACUCCUGACUACUGUUCGACAAUCAUGGCAAACAGAACUGGAAAAGACAGACCUCGAGCGACCCGACACGACCUGCGUUUCAUCUAGUGCCCAGACGUCAGAUUCAUUUCUGCAAAAUGAGUCGCACGGGGCUCCGCUCGUCGUUCAGUUUUCGGGAGCGACCCGUAUAGGGUCGCCAGACUGUCAGAUUCAGGUCGCGCAGAGAAGCACUGUGUCUCUCUCAGCUCCUACGUUUUCUUUCGAGAAGCGAAAUAAAGGCGAAAGGCUCACGCAUUGUUUCCGUGGACCUUCUGUUCUUGAAAACGAGAUGCCAACAACUUUCCGAUGCGACUACACAGAGUUAACGAAGGGAAGCCCUUACACCAGUGGUAUAUCACCUGCGGACUGGACAGAAGGGACCCAGGAGAGCAGGAGCGGCAACCAAGCUCCUGAUGCCGCAGCCACUCUCUCCAUGGAAUCAGAGCGCAGAACAAUUCCUUUAAAGUGUCGCCUAUCUCACCAGGUUAAGCAUAACGAAACCGCUGCCUCUAGCUUGCUAAACGGCGCUGUGCCCCUUUUUGAGACGGCAGACAAAGCCAAGGAGACUCCGGGCUGUCGCCACUCGCGAGCUUCGUGGACCCGUUUCGCCUGUGUCAGGCGAGUUGGCCGGCUCAAGCUGAGACGGCGGCAUCGGAGCCGAGUCGUCAAGAAGUGGAAGGAAAACGACUGGGAGGAACCUGGUGAAUCCCGAGAUGAUGUGAUACUCGCCAGGGACCGUAGUCCCAGGACGAAUGCGCCGGCAGGGUCACGUUAUGACAGGCUUGACCCAAGCAUCGUGGCAUUACCACUCCCAGUCAUGCCCCGGAUGGAUGUUGUCGAAGGUGCUCCCACGAUUGCAAAGCGCGGACUAGAAACCUUCGCUAGCGCAAUUGUAACGGAGAGGUCACUCGCCGGAGCCUCUGCCCGAAGUGCCGGCAGUGUGUUCGACUCUCGCUUACUUGGUAAAACAGUGAACGCGCCGGCGCUAGCAUGUAGAGAUCCUAAUGGAGACCGCAUUGCGGUCGAUGACUUCAAAGAAUCUCCCGGUGUUGACAGACCUACGCUAGCGUCGUCACCGGCCGGAGAGUAUCUGUCGCCGUGCGACAGGCAUUCUACAGCAUCGCCGGCUUCUGAACACGCAGUCAGUCGUUCCUUACAGGCUUCAACAGUAACCCACUUAUCGGAACCUGAGCAGCCACUGGAAACAACUGGAUUCCCUACAAAGUUGUCGCCGUUAUUUGCUGCCGUUGUCCGAGAUGGAGGCAACCUAGAGUUGAGAAGGCAGACCGCAGACGGAAACAGCAGUUGGUCUAGUCUACGACUGCGGGAGACGUCUUCAGCAGGUCGAGGUCGCCAGAAGAAUUUGCGACACUCGAACGGUGUUUUUCGCCUGCGCAUACGCCACCGGAGGUCGACUCCACGGGGGCCGCAGAAAUGUGCGACGCCGCAUUGUCUCCUUAAAAGGUCGGCAAGAGCUAGGCGGAACAAAGGAGCACACAGGGGCGUUACACCAGCUGGAGAAAGGACAGAGCAAGACCUGACGCGGACCGCAAGAAGACCGCUGUCAGCGUCAGCUCGGCGGGAGAAGCCGGCAUUUGUGCUUCCUGGAUCGCGGACAGCAGAUCGGGCAGCGACACGCGCAGCGCGGCGGAAGCCUUCCUCUUCCUCGCUCCAGAGACACUCUGUUGACGAUGCCGUUUGGGGGAAUUGCCACUUGAAUUCUCCAACAAACGAAUGCCUGGAAACGGGUUGUCCAGGCCUUCGUUCGAAUGCAGUCAGCUCGCCUCUUGGUGAGGACAAAAUCAGCCUGCCACGGUCUCAGCAAGCUCGAGGACAGACGUCAAACGGCUUGAGAGGCCUUCCGCGGCACAUGGCUGAAAGAGCUGGUCAGCGGCUUGCAAAGGAGAAGGAGGGAAAGCCUGGGACGAAGGAAGCAGAGGACAAGAAAGUGGGGCAGAGAGAGGGACACAGGCGUACCAAAGCUCAGGGUCCAAGUUCCGAGUGUAGCAGCUUCUGCAGAGGAGACAGCAAAACAUUCCCCGGCAGCCCACCGGCCUUUGAGAAUCCCGUCAAAGACGUCGGAAGAGACUGCACCGUCAGAGGACAAAUUCGUGAAGGGCACGAAGGAACAGUUGCCGGGCAAAGACACUUGCGCUGCGAAACGAAUCUUCCACCACUUGGGUCCGCAGAGCAGACCAGGGGAAGCAAGUUGAACUGGGAUGGCGAAGAAGUACAACGCGUACAGGAAGCGGGUGCUGUGAGCCUGGAAUCGCCCGACGUGUCAUCUCCGUUUUGCCCCUUUGACGAACUGUUUGGAUUGCCAGACCUCAUCCCUGAUGAGUGGUACGGUGACGUCUCGAAACCGUUCACCGUGGAUGCCCAAGACAAAACGCGUGUUCGCACGCAGCGUCGGAAUUCUUCCAGAGGCAAGAUGGCCUGUUUGGCACCAUGUUCAGACUUCGAAGAACGCUCACAUGGCGUAGCGGAAACAGGUGGGCUUUCCCCCGUGCAGCAGCUAAAGGCGAUGCAGGUCCACCGGGAACAAGUUGAACAGAAACACCUGGAGGCAGUUCACGCUCUGCACUCUCCUCGUGGAUUGCGCAGGGAUCCUGUGGCCUUGCGCGCUUCCCCGUCUGCGUUUCCCCCGCUAAUGCUCGACGUCGAGUUAGAUUCGCCAGACUUCACAGCAUGCCAUUUUCCUGAAGAUUUGCUUGAACUAAUCGGUUCCGUUGAGGAAUGCUCCCCCAGCGCCUUAAGAGAAUCCCCGUCUUGCCCUUUCCGAUGUAGGAGCUGUCGAGACUCCUCGAGCUCAGUGUCAUCACCGGGCCAUCUUGCGACAAGCGAAGAGUCGUCUUCCGGUUCUUCUUUCUCCACUUCGUCUUCGUCCAUUUCUGUUUCCUCUCAGGAGGAAACAGCAAGUUCUCCCUCGGAUCGCACGCCGCCGUCACGUGGUGUCCCGAGCACAACGUCUCCCUCGUCCGGUGUUGACUCCGAGAAGAGGCGUGUUUCGUGGCGCAAGUCCGGAAACGAGACUGCCUCUGAUUCUGCCAGCGAGCCGGAGUCGGCUCAAGAUGAAAAAAGUGAUGAUGAAAACAGAAUUACCAAGCCAAAACAACCGCGGUCCCAAACGAAAAGGACGUUGGACGAGGAAUUGAUUUCGUCGGCAUCAUCGUCUGCGACCGACAACGCCGAUGUGUCUCAGGGUAGCGAUUCACUUAGCGACAGUCACCUGGAGAGUAGCUCCGGCUCUUCUGAUGACAAGGAUGUCGAUCCUGAACAGCCCAGGGCAGCACCCGACAGCUCUUUAGGGAAGUUAGGCAGAAGUCAUGGGAGUUUUGUUGACCCUCUGACCGACAACAGUUUUAACGCGACGGCAGAAAUGCACACACAGGGUGGUCAGUGUGGCGUUUGCCCGCGUAGUCUUCGGAGAAAAGCCAACAGACAGCAGGUCAAAAUUGACCGGGGAAAAUCGGGCGCUCAUCGGCACCCGGCAGGCCGGCGUCGAAGAAGUCGGAGCCAGCCUCCUUGGUCAAGCCUGCCGAAACGCUCGAGUCGUGCGCAACACGGUCGCCGGGAAGCUUGCUUGAAACGGAGACUUCUGGCGCUGGAGAAUGUGUGUAUGAGCCACGAAGAGUACAUGAGCCACUUCGCCCGAAAGAUGAGACUGCCAGGGGUGGAGAACAAAGUUGCCUGUAUCGAGCUGACGAAAGCAAAACGAGCGCUCAUGCCACAACUGUGCUUUGUCGAACAGGGCCCUGAGUUCCCGUCGAAGGAAAACUCCGGUGAGGACUCAGGGAGCGAGAAAGGCAAAAACGCCCGGCUCGCAGAACCUCCGUGGAAAGGCGACGAGGAAGGGAAAGGCAUCCGGUCCCGUCACCGUGCCGUGCUAACUAUCGAGAGUGCCGUGUUCAGCUGCUUGCAGAAAAAGGGAUGGAUAAUGAACAAGUUGCUCGACACUCACUUUUUCGACCUCAAAUGGAAGAUAUCGGACGUCGACGAAGACUACCGGUGUCUGCGACGGGAGCAGCUCUUCAACCACUUCCAGAACAACCGGGUCAUGACGACGAAAGCGGGGCUGUCUCGCAGCUUUCGUCUGCUCGCUGUCGAGGAGCAAGUGAGGACUGACGCGUUCUUCCCCCGGUGUUACGAUCUAAGCACUCUGGACGACUGCAUGGACUUCCUAGUCGAUUACAGCCGCUGCGAGGCCGUGACAGUUCUCUUGAAUUACCUACGAUGUUGCCAGGCGCCCCCGGCGGAAUUCGAAGCCAUCAUGCGUCAGCCAGCUCCGGACCUUUCUGUGAGACAGUCCAGCGUCCUGCUUCUCUGGAUGGCGUACCACCUUGUUGCGAGCUGGCUACAUGAGCUAGACCCUGACUACUUCCUCGACAGGCAUGACCCACUUGGGGACAGACGGGGGCUGGAUCCGCAGCGACUCGAAGUCUUCGCGACGCAUGCAUGGAAUGCCAGGGAGCAGCCAGUGGCGUUUCGACGUGCGUGGCAUUCGCUGGCGAAAUGCUCUGAUGGCUGCAAAGAAACAGGUGACCACAGCCUAGGGGAAAGCCGUGUCCGUCAGUUUCUCCCAGGGAACUGUCAGAUUAUUCCAGGGAAUGAUGCUUUCGACAAUCCCUCAUCGGACUGUUCAAUAGGACCCUCCGAGGCGCAGAUCCUCAGCAUUCUUCUCGAACUGCAGAACUGCUGGCCGCUCUGGCGCGCCGAGAGAGGCGACGUGGAUUUGAGGAAUCUACAUGCAUCGGACAAAGUCGCAAAAGCAGCAGGAAGCGCACCGCGCGACGCCAUGCAAGAACCACGGUGGAACCAUCACAACAUUUGGAUCAUGAAGCCUUCAAGUAGCUCAAGAGCUUCUGGAGUCUAUUGUCUCAACAACCCAUGGGACAUUUUGAAGUCUGGAAGAGGCUUGAGUGACCGACUGGUGCAGAAGUAUAUCGAGCGUCCACUGCUCAUUUUCUCAGGGCGGAAGUUUGACAUGCGCCAGUGGGUCCUCAUUCGCAGCUUCGCUCCGCUAAAGGUUUACGCGUUCACAGAUCUUUACUUGCGUCUCUGCUCAGAGCCGUACGACCUUCGCGAUCUGCACAACCGGUUCCGCCAUAUCAGCAACUGGAACCUAAACCGCCUGAACAGCGAGCUGCACGAACUACGUAGCCUGGGACAGCAAGGAGAUCCACCGGAUGAAGGCGUCACAUCUCGGGUCUUCUCCGACUGCAGUAAACCGCUCUCUGCACUACGAGAGGCGCUAGACCGAGACACGGGAACGGAGAACUUUUGGGACCUCAAGAUCAAGCCUCAAAUUCGCAAACUAAUUCUGCAGACAGCAAGAGCGGCCCGUCCGUCUAUUGUUCCACGUUCCAACUGCUUCGAACUGUAUGGAUUCGAUAUCCUCUUGGAUGCUGAGUAUCGACCGUGGCUCAUCGAAGUGAACCUCAGUCCAGCCUGCACCGCUCGCGCCCACUGGCAUAAGCAAAUGGUCACUUCCAUGACCCGACAGUUGUUGCAAAUUCUCAUUGACGAGCCCCGCGGCUCACCACUGAAUGCCCAAUCAUGUGUUUCGACCAGGAAAAAACCCCACUGGGAGCUCCUAUUUGAUGAAUCUGUUCCGCCAAAUAACGCUGUGCGCACAUUCCCCCCCAUCGAGCCAGUCUCCUCGGGCGGUUCUGCACAAGCAGAGACACUUUCUCAGGCUGGUAAUCCAUUUCUCCAGUUCUAUAGUCAACACUCCACUGCUGCCUGGACACCGGGUGGACAAGGGAGCUCCCGACAGAAAACCUCACGAGAAAUCCGGUCUGGGUCUUCCUAUUUCAUCGACCGACUAGCAGGACACCGCGGAAUUACCAAGGAGAGACGAGGCCUGGGGGUGGCUCUUGGAGGCAAGGCAGAUCUCUGGAACAAAUUCAUGGUCACUGGAGAGAGGAUCGAGAGACAAGAACUUCUGGAGCUGGACACGCGUGUACGCAUCAACGAGGCCGUCCGUCGUCUGGUCGGCUGGUGGAGGCAGACAGCGUGGCGGCGGCGCGCGGCACAACGGCGGAAAGUGAAAGUUCUUGAAGAUAUUGAGCUAGAUGUAUUCUUUGGGAACUGA